GAAGAGGGGAAAUAGUUGGAAAAACGUAAUUCGUUUGUUUUGUUGUUAUAGUUUAUUUUUAUUUGCAUGCUUUAAAAUGCGGCGUUUUCUAAAGAAAUACCCUUUUAUCAAAUUCAAUUAUAUAUUAAGUGCAAAACGUUUCAAUAAGAUUAUAUGUCUACCUUCUGACGUCCCUGUGCACUCGGAAGUAAACAACCCGCGAACAGAUGCAGCUAAGAUGGCUUUGGAAGUGAAACGAUCAAAUUAAUCUCAUGUAAGAAAAACAGUUGUAAGAAUCAUUCUUUACCAUUCGCUUUGUUUUCAGUUAACUAAAAGUACUUUAAACGUAUAAAUUAGUUAGAAGUCGGGGGGCAAAAUGAGCAACAUUUACAUUCAGGAACCUCCGACGAAUGGAAAGGUUCUGUUGAAAACAUCAGCAGGAGAAAUUGACAUUGAGCUGUGGUCCAAAGAGGCUCCCAAAGCCUCCAGGAACUUUGUGCAGCUCUGCAUGGAAGGUUACUACGAUGGCACCAUUUUCCACAGAGUGGUCCAGGACUUCAUCAUUCAGGGUGGGGAUCCUACAGGAACAGGAACCGGGGGAGAGUCCGUGUACGGCCGUCCGUUCAAGGACGAGUUUCACUCAAGACUGCGCUUCAUUCGGAGAGGCCUGGUUGCUAUGGCGAACGCUGGGCCACACGAUAAUGGGAGUCAGUUUUUUUUCACGUUGGCGCGUGCGGAUGAACUCAACAAUAAACACACCAUAUUUGGAAAGGUCACUGGAGAUACGGUCUAUAACUUGCUCAGAUUGGCUCAGGUUGAAUGCGACAAAGAUGAACGACCUCUGAGGCCUCAUAAGAUCAGAUGUGCUGAGGUUCUGCACAAUCCCUUUGAUGACAUUGUUCCUCGAGAAACGAAGAAAAGCAAAAAGGAUAAAGACAAGGAAGAGGCAAAGAAAUCCCAGUCAAAAGCCACGAAGAACUUCAGUUUGUUAUCGUUUGGUGAGGAAGCUGAGGAAGACGAGGAGAUGGCGAAUCAAGUCAGUCAGACAUUAAAGGGAAAAAGCAAAAGCAGCCACGACCUUCUGAAAGACGACCCCCAGCUCAGCUCCGUCCCCGCCGUUGAUAAGAAGAGGAAAGGGGGGGCUGGAACUGGAGAGUCAGAGGACGAUGCAGACAGCGACGUGGACGGUGACGUGGCUGCAGGGGAAGAAUACGACUCGGACGGCAAAGAGAAGAUGAGAGAGCUCAUCAGUAAGAAGUUAAGGAAAGAGAAAAGCGGCGACAAAGCAGCCGAGCACGGAGGAGAGGAUGAGGAAAAGGGGAAGACGACGAGCCGCAGUGAUGAAUUACGGAAAGAGGCACGCCAGCUGAAGAAGGAGCUCCAGGCCAUAAAGCAAAGGAAAGAAGAACGCUUGAAGCCUAAAGAAGAAGAAACCAAGGACGAAGCCGAGCAAAAGCCCACCAAUGAGGCAGUGGCUGAAUAUCUGGAGGGACGGAAAAAGUACGAGGGGCUGAAGACGAAAAAGCAGAAGAAAGGCUCGGGCCGAGAACAGCAGACUCUGGCUCUGCUGGAUCAAUUCAAGUCUAAGCUGUCGUCAGCCAUCACCGAAGGUCCGGAAGGGGACGUGGAGGAGCUGGCGGAGGACGACGACAAAGGAUGGAUGGCUCACGUUCUCCAGUUUGACGAGCAGACCAGAAAAGUCAAGGACGCCGCCGUGCAGGACGAGGACACCUUUGAGAUCUACGACCCCCGGAACCCCGUCAACAAGCGCCGGAGAGAGGAAAGCAAGAAGAUCAUGAAAGAGAAGAAGGCCAAGAGGUGAAGCCGCGGGGUGAAUGGUCAAGCCACCGCACUUUCCCAUCACCUCACACCCCAGCUUCUGAGGGCAACAUCUGGAUGGAGAGUGCUAACUUAAGCUUUUCUGUGACGAGACAGCUGCACACAGCUCAGUAAAUCAUCACACAAACACAUGUAGUGUUGACUUCUCUAGCUUGUACCAUUGUGUAGAUUGUUUUUUUGUUUUUGUUUAAUAAAACACAUUUUUGACCAACUUA